AAGUAAGCAGAAGACGAAGAAGAAGAAGAAGAGAAACGAGAAUACAGAAGAGACACUAAACCAUCGACGUCGGCGAACUGCUGCGAUGCUUCAGGGCUUUGCGCUCCCAGCGCUCAGGGUGAAGCGAUCGUCCUUAUCGGAGGCCGUAACGGCCUGCUAAGAUGACCGCGCGUCUCCACUCGCUGAGGCACCAGGAGAAGAAAUCCACCGGAACCACCGGGCAGCGUCAUCAUCGGCAGCAACAGCAGCAGCAGCACAACACGGUUCAGCAACGCGGCGCCAGUCCAGCGCCCAGCCCUAGUCCGAGUCCCAGUCCCAGCCCUAGCCCGAAACACUCGGACGGACGAAGAGCAAACAAACCACUGAUGGAGAAGCGACGCAGGGCGCGGAUAAACCAGUCGCUGGCCGCGCUAAAGGCGCUUAUCCUGGACAGUGCUCGGCUGGAGAACACGAAGCACAGUAAACUCGAGAAGGCAGAUAUCCUCGAACUAACCGUCAGGCAUCUUCAGAGACAGAGAUCUCUCGCUCAGCCAGGCCUCUCCAGGUACAAAGCCGGCUAUCAGGACUGCUCGAGAGAGGUCAGCCGAUACUUAGACGCCCCUGACAUAAUAACCGGAAACUCGACGCCUCUGGACCCGGCCGUGAAACAGCGUCUUCUACGUCACCUGGACAGCUGCGUAUCGGAGCUGGAUCUGGACCUCGGAUCUCGUCCAGACAGCGGGCUGGGCAGUAGUCCCGGAAGCGUGACGGACAGGGUGGCGGGGGCGGCGAGUCCUGGUCCCCUAGAACAGCAGCACCACGCGGGGGCGGCGAUGCCGCAUUGCAGCGGAGGCUUGGGGGCCGGAGGCGCGGGGGUGGUGCAGAUAAAGUCGGAGCUGCCGGAGGUGAUGGAGACGGCGCGACCCGACAGCAGCACGACGGCCGGUGACGAGAACAACAACAGCAGCCGGCCGACCUCGGCGUUCAGCCAGGUAAACCCGGGGGGCGGGACGCCGGAAGCCUCGACCUCCGCCUCCCAGCAGAACCCGAACAUGCUGUCGGUCGUCCAGGUCAUUCCCUCGAGGCUGCCCGACGGUCAGGUCGUCUUCCUUCUGCCGAGUCACUACGUUCAACUUGCGGCAGCCGCCGCGGCGAACGGAAUAAGCAUCGGGCCCAAUCCGCCCACGGCUAUUUGGGCCGCAACGAACAUGUCGCUGCUCAAGGCCACCGAUAAACUCGUGGCGAAAAGGCCCCACGAUGAAUCGGUCGAAUGGGGAGUUACCGCUGGCGGGGAUCCCCACAAGCCGAGCAAGAGUCCCAGGAUCCAGGAACGCGGCGAUAAUGUUGGGCCCGAUGGCGUUCUGCAGGGUGAGAGCGUCAACGUCAACGUCAACAAUAACAACAAUCAUCAUCAUCAUAAUCAUCACCAUCAUCAUCACAGUCGUAUUCAUUCCGAGAAUCAGGGACACGAACAGCCUCUUGAUUUUACUACUUCGAAGAAAGUUGACGGAAAUUCAACGACGACGACGACGGCGGCGGCAGCGACGACGACGGCGACAACGACGACGAUGCAGAUCACGGCCGAAAGAACGAGAUGUAAUACAGCGGAGGGCGAACGAGUCGAUCAUAAUCAUCAUCAUCAUCAUCAUCAUCAUCAUCAUCGCGAGAUGGACACCGCGACUGCUGACGAAAGACCCAACAGUAGAACCGGAAGUGAGGGCCUUGCGGCCCCGUCUUCACCUUCUCUGCAUCAACCACCUCAACCACCCAAAGACGAGGAGGGGAUGUGGAGGCCGUGGUGAAUUCGUCGCUUUUCGCUUACUUGUUGUUGAAAAGUUUUCCUCCUCCUUUUUUUUUUUUUUUUUUUUUUUUUUUUGUUUGUCUGUUUUUUUUUCCUCUCCUUUUCUCCACAUC